AUGCGGCACAACUGCCUCAUUUCGGACUUCAAUACAAACCAAUAUGAACCUUCUCGGCGACAGGAAACGACGCAAGAUCGAUCUUGGGGGGGCGUUGAAAGUCGCCGAGCUUCUCGAAGAACCAUGAGGACGAUUUUUUUUUUUUUUUUUUUUUUUUUUUUGAGUCAAAUUUAUAGUCCAUUGGGGCAGAGCCCCAUGUCAGACGUUACAUUCUAG